CGAUCAGCCAUGGAUUCAGCACUCGUGCUCCUCCUGGCUGUGCUGGCCGUCCUGCCCAAGCCGACCCACGAUCGCCCGAGCGAUGCAGUCGCUGCGGAGCGGAUGAAGAGACGGCAGAUUUUUCUCGAAGAGAAGAUGAGCGAGCUGUGGGAGGAAGUUGAGUGGAGGAGGGCCCUGGAAAAAGUUCCACUCCUGUGGAUCUUGCAGCACUGGCUCUUCUGGGUGGCUGCAGCAGCUGUGCUCUGCUGGCUGGCCUGGCGCCGUCAGCGGGACAGCUGGCGAGGAGAGGAGGAAGAAGAGCUCGGCGCAGCAGCCGGGGCUGUCAGGCCUUUCCCGGAGCUCAGCCGGUCACCGCUGCACGAACUGCCCUACAUGGGCCGCACCCUGAAGAAGCUGGUGCGGGACCUGCUGGAGGUGUGCCAGGUGCUCUCCCAGAACACCUUCAUGCCAGAGCUGCACCCGGCCACCCAGAAGCAGGGCACCCUCGAGUCCUGGAGUGACCUGGGGCACCAGAUCAUCUACCAGCUGGUCGUCUUCCUCAGGCCACCCCCCAGGCACUCUUUCCAGCUGCAGCCGCCCAACAGCAGGAAGGUGCCAGAGAGGUGCUCCAACAUCCGGGUGGUGCUGGAGUGCUCGUGCUCCAGCACCACGGGGGAGACGUCGUGCUUUGUCCACCCCACGCACGACGCUCAGCCCUCGCGCCUGCUACGCACCCUCUGCACAGACUCCCACUUGGAGGUGGAGAAAACCGCCGCCUGGGUGCAGAGCUUGGUGGAAGCAGCCUGGGAGCGUUUGCCCCAGUGGCACGACUGGCAGCUCCAGCUGCUGCCCUCCUCCCGCUCCUGCAGGCUCCUGCUGACCGGCCCCUGCCCGGUGCAGCUCUGCGCUGAGCUGCUCUUGGCACUGCGGCAGGGCCGGCCAGGCAACUUCCUGGUGCUGGAAUAGGCACCUGCAGCUCUCCCACCUGCUGCUUUAGUCUGGGCUAGAGUUAGAGUAGGAUAGUAGAGUAGGAUAAGAGCAGGGUGGGAUAGAUUUAGGGUGGGGUUCUAUUUUCCAAGGGCGGGUUUAGUCUGGGGUAGAGUUAAGAGUAGGAUAGCUGACUAGGAUAAGAGUAGAGAGGGAUAGAUUAAGGAGGGGGUUAGAUUUUCCAAGGGUUGGUUUAGGCUGGGCUAGAGUUAGGCUUAGGAUGGCCUUAGGCUUGUAGGGGGUUAGAUUUGAAGCUAGUGUUUUCCCAAGGGGUG